AUGGCCGCCUCCUCAUCGAAGCCAUCGAGCUUCCUGCUCUAUUCCUGCAUCGCCCACCGCACAACCAUUCUCGCCGAACACUCCUCCCCAGGCACAUCCUCGACCGCCGCCUCGUCCCUGGCCUCUAUCAUCCUCCCAAAGAUCAGCCACGACCAACCGCAAAAGCUCACCUACACCCACGAGCGUCUCUUCGUACACUACAUCGCCGACUCGCCCACAACACCCAGCACCUCCGACGACCCCCGUCAGGGCGAACCCAACUCCUAUGCGCCCCUCAGCUACAUCGUCGUCGCAACCGCCGAACAAGGCCGCCGCAUUCCCUUCGCCUUCCUCCUCGAAAUCAAGCGCAAGUUCCUCUCUACUUACUCACCUUCCAGCACGGACUUCUCUGCUCUCCCGGCUUACGGCUGCGCCGCGUUCAACAAUGAGCUCCGCUCGCUGCUGCAAACGUACAAUACGGCCCCGCCGGCGGAUUCGCUGGCCUCGGCAAGACGGGAAAUCGAUAGCGUGCGGAACAUCAUGACGGAGAAUAUUGAAAGAGUGUUGGAGAGGGGAGAGCGGAUUGAUCUCCUGGUGGAUAAGACGGAUCGGUUGGGUGGGAGUGCGCAUGAUUUUCGCAUUAGGAGUCGUGGCUUGAGGAGACGUAUGUGGUGGAAGAAUAUCAAGUUGAUGGUUUUGUUGGCGGUUGUGGUUGUGUUCUUGGUGUAUUUGUUUGUGGGGAUGGGGUGCGGGUUGCCCGCUUGGGGGAGGUAUCUAUAUUUACUCCUGGGGUAUCCCAAUGUGAUAACGUCUAGCGUGUCUUUCGAUUGA